AAUGCCUAGUUUCUCUCUUGAUCCUAUAUAUCCCCAGCAAAUGCCACCAAUCGCAACUUUCAAUCUGCAGCUCGCAUUCUUGGCUUAGAUUCCAAGCUCGAGAAGAGCCUCCUCAUUCCCUUCCGAGAAAUCAAAGUUGAAUGCACGAUCCCGAAAGAUGAUGGGACUCUGGUUUCCUAUGUGGGUUUUAGGAUCCAGCAUGAUAAUGCUCGUGGCCCUAUGAAAGGAGGGAUUCGUUAUCAUCCUGAGGUUGACCCUGAUGAAGUGAAUGCUCUUGCUCAGCUGAUGACCUGGAAGACAGCCGUAGCAGACAUUCCCUACGGAGGAGCGAAGGGUGGGAUUGGCUGCAACCCGAGGGAUCUUAGCAUCAGUGAGUUAGAACGUCUAACUCGGGUUUUCACCCAGAAGAUUCACGAUCUCAUUGGGGUUCAGAGAGAUGUCCCUGCACCUGACAUGGGAACUAAUGCACAGACCAUGGCAUGGAUUCUUGAUGAGUAUUCAAAGUUUCAUGGGCAUUCACCCGCAGUUGUGACAGGGAAGCCUAUUGAUCUUGGAGGUUCAUUAGGGAGGGAGGCUGCUACAGGUCUUGGAGUGGUUUAUGCAACAGAGGCUUUAUUUGCUGAAUAUGGGAAGUCAAUUUCUGAUCACACAUUUGUCAUCCAGGGAUUUGGAAAUGUGGGCACAUGGGCUGCAAAGUCUAUUUUUGAGAGAGGUGGUAAAGUGAUUGCUGUGAGUGACAUCAGUGGUGCUAUUAAAAACCUGAAUGGAAUUGACAUUCCAGCCCUUCUGAAACACAAGGAAGGUAAUGGGAACUUGAAAGACUUCCCAGGUGCAGAAGUGAUGGAUCAGAAUGAAUUGCUUAUUCAUGAAUGUGAUGUUCUUAUCCCAUGUGCCUUGGGAGGCGUUCUAAACAAGGAAAAUGCUGCUGAUGUGAAGGCAAAAUUUAUAAUAGAAGCUGCAAAUCACCCCACUGACCCUGAUGCCGAUGAGAUCUUAUCAAAGAAAGGAGUCGUUAUAUUACCUGAUAUUUAUGCCAAUUCUGGUGGAGUGACUGUAAGCUACUUCGAAUGGGUUCAGAAUAUUCAAGGAUUUAUGUGGGAUGAAGAAAAAGUGAACCGUGAGCUGAAGAAGUACAUGACCAAAGCAUUCCUGGGCAUCAAGGCAAUGUGUAAAAUUCAUAACUGUGACUUGCGAAUGGGAGCAUUCACUCUUGGAGUGAACCGUGUUGCCCGUGCUACCCUUUUGAGAGGUUGGGAAGCUUAAGAAGGAACAACUAUCCUUAUAGCUUCUUUUAUUUACUUACCAGAACCAACGUUGCUUAGUCUUGCAACUGAAAAAGUAGGAUAAAACCAGGCUUUUCUUUUCUUCCUUUGUUAUCAUAGUCUUAGUCGAGUAAUUUAGUAUAUUAGACUAGCCAAUAAAACAUUAUUAGCGUUAU